GAUACAACCGUGAUGGUAAAUUGACAGAAAAGCAUGCAGAGUGGAUACAUAUGCUAACUCCUGAGCAGAGAGGUAUCUACAAUGAGAUUACUGGUGCUGUUUUCAAUAAUUUAGGAGGAGUGUUUUUUGUUUAUGGAAUUGGAAGAACUGGUAAAACGUUUGUUUGGAAGACACUAUCAGCUGCGAUUAGAUCUAGAGGACAUAUCGUUUUUAAUGUCACCUCAAGUGGCAUUGCUUCAUUGUUGUUAGAAGGAGGUAGGACUGCACAUUCUAGGUUUUCAAUCCCACUGACUCCUGAUGAGUUUUCAGUUUGCAAGAUCCAGCCUAAAUCUGACCUAGCAGAUCUGAUCAAAGAAGCAUUUCUAAUUACAUGGGAUGAAGCUCCAAUGAUGACCAAGUUUUGCUUCGAAGCUUUAGACAAAAGCUUCUGCGAUAUUAUGAAAAAUGUCAACAACAAGGUUUUUGGAGGUAAGGUUGUUGUUUUUGGUGGUGAUUUCAGGCAAGUUCUUCCUGUAAUUCCCGGUGCAGGUAGAGCAGAAAUAGUGAUGUCAUCUCUAAAUGCUUCGUAUCUCUGGUAUCACUGCAAGGUCUUGAAGUUGACUAAGAACAUGAGACUAUUACCAAACAAUUUAAGUCCUGUAGAAGCUAAAGAGAUCCAAGAGUUUUCUGAUUGGUUAUUGGCUGUUGGAGAUGGUAGAAUUAAUGAGCCUAAUGAUGGAGAAGCGCUAAUAGAUAUUCCAGAUGAUUUGUUGAUUACAGAAGCAGAAAAUCCAAUAGAAGCUAUUACUUGGAAAAUUUAUGGAGAUCCAACAAAACUCCAC